AUGUCUCGAGACAUGUCCAAGGUCGGCGAGAGCACUCGGAGCAAAGGUUUCGUGAUUCCGGAAGGCAGCUUCCGGACGUCGGUCACGAUAAAGGUCGUUCGACCUCUGCGCAGUCUGUCGCGCCGCAUCGAUCUUAUCAGUAUGUCGGCUGAUGAUAUCGCUACGCUUCGACGACUCACCAUCGGUCCCAUGUCGAGCGACUCCAUUGCCCUGAUCAGGACGGCUUGGCAGGCCACCAAGAUACGAUAUCCAGUGGAUGAUGGCCAACCUCUCGUAGCGGCCGAGGCAUGGGUCCGGUAUGCCUCUACAGUGGCCGGGGAUGGCAGCGACGCAAUGCCGACAUCCAUGCGCCAGCUCGCAAGCGGGGCGAACGUAGACGAGGAGAUCGUGCAGGCGUAUCUUGAGCUUCUCCGUGCACAAUCAACUAGACACGCGGAUAUUGCCUCUACUCGAUCUCUCAACGAGGGGCCGGUAGACAUCCGCAAUGAGGGCCUGGAACGACCUGUCAUCAUUCCAUGCCAAGACGGCACCGCUUGGGCAUUUGCUGUUGCAUAUCCUGAUUGUGUGCAUUGGUACGACAGCCGACCGAACGCUAGCAUCCCCAAUCUAGCCACGACGCCACGGCCAAUCGUGACCAACUGGACAGGGCCGAAGGUGUCGCAGGAUCGCGUUGAUGAUGCAGGCGUUCUCGCCCUCAUCGGCAUCCGACAGAUUCACCAAGGGGCUCCUCACAUGAGUCAGGAAUGCGCCAAUGAGCUCGUCUCCUCCUUCCGGGCGCGCUUAGUAGCGGAGCUUACAUGCGGUGAGCUGGAGCCUAGUGCGGAGGCGCUCGCGGCCAUGGCGCCCGCAGAGGCCGAAGCAGGAAGUCAAUUCUUCGCGGACGCGCUAUACGGAACUGAACCAUACCAUAAGAGCUCAAGCUCGUCCCGAAAUACAUCCCCGGACGUCGUCCAUCCGGCGUCGCCGCACCCGGUAAGCGCCCGUGAGGGACCAAACUUGCGCCAGAGGGUGGCCCCGCCCAUCCACACAGAGUCGUCGUCACCAGUGCGGCCAUUGUCCGGUGGCACACGCGUCCAGCCCGGGCGAGACGACCGUCGCACCAUCCUUGGACAUCUCUGCGAGGCCGUGCUGUCAUAUCGUGCCAUACAAGGUUCCGAUCAGCUUAGCCUUGCCGUGCUCUGGCAGUCGGUCAAGCGAGGCGCGACCGGCAGUACUUUCCACAAAAGGCUAAAUUGCGUGCGCUUCUGCGAACGGAUGGAUGCGCUGGAUGAUGCCCAGGCG